CGAAUCCAUCACCGCCGCCAAAAACACCAAAUGUCUGCACAGCAACCACUCCACGCCAUCUGGGAGGCAUCGGCCAAGCAGCCCUUCAUCCCCAACGUCGGCAAAGACGCUCAAUUCCUCGUCGGCUUCGUCCUGCUGCUCGCAGGCUUCGUGCUCUCCAGCUUGUUCGGUCUUAACCUCUCCGCCAAGAACCUUCCAACCCUUGCUGUCCCGGCUUCUCUAGCAUUCGGCUUCGGUGCGGUAUAUAUGAUCUGCGCAACGGGUGUCUAUGUAUAAAGACUCGCGACUCCGACAUCCAGGCCUUCGCCGAUCCACCAACUCGUACGAGACCUACCAGCUCUAUCGACCGCGGCGCGCCUCACACAAGUCAACAAGCGCACCACGCAAGCCCAAGUUCCAUCCGGUCAGAUCAACGCUAUUCAUCUUGGUCUGGAGUCUGACUGCCUUUUUGGUGGCGUUCACUAUCACACUAUACAUCGCACGCACGCUGCAGAAGAGCUAUCAGCCCACCAACGUCAUUUCAUAGGCAAACCUGUGCCUGAAGCUAUACCAGGAGAAAGGAUACCUCUAGUAAGAGCAAGUGCUAAGCUCUGC